AUGAAGGGAAAAAAUACGGAAUUCACGGAAGCAAAUAUUAAAAAAAAAAAACCCGACGUUUUGGACACCGAAGAUCCACGAUUCAAACAUGUAUUGAAGGAUCCGCGCUUUGAGCGUCCGAAGAGGAAAGACGUGAAAAUCACGUUAGAUAAUCGAUUCGCGUCAAUACUAAAGACUAAAGAAUUCAAGGAGUCCCCCAAGGUUGACAAAUAUGGGAGACCAAUUUCGUCAGAUAAAUCAGCAAUAGAAUUGGAAAGGUUUUAUAGACUGGAACGUCCGGAUGCGGAAGAAGCUGGUAGCCAAAAAGAAUCCUUGGAACUAAACGACAAAUCCUCCGAAGGCUCUGAGUCGGAUGAUGACGAUGAUUCACUAAAGGAAGAAGCAGAAGAGCAAAUUCGGUUCGGUGAAAAAACGCAUCGGUUUGCCGUUGUGAACCUCGACUGGGACAAUGUAAAAGCUUCAGAUCUGAUGAAACUGUUUAAUAGUUUUAAGAUUGAUGGUUCUGUCAUAAAGUCUGUGAGAAUCUAUCCUUCUCAAUUUGGGAAGGAAAGAUUAGAAAAGGAAAUCCGUGAAGGACCACCAAAGGAGGUAUUUAAACCUAACAAUUUUUCCUCAGAAAGCAACAUAACAUUUCAAGAAGAUCAGGAAGUAAUUACUUCGGAGACAAUAAUGAAGAAUAACGCUGGUGAAGAAUUUGAUGAAGAGUUAUUGCGAAAAUACCAACUGGAGCGUUUAAACAGAUAUUACUAUGCGGUUGUAGACUGCGAUACUGCGGAAAACGCUCAACAUAUCUAUCAACAAUGCGAUGGUGCAGAAUUUGAAAGAACAGCAAAUUUCCUCGAUUUACGUUUUGUUCCUGAUGACAUGGUGUUCGACGAUGAAAUCAAGGAUGAAUGCUUACAGGAACCGGAUUCAUAUAAGCCCGUAGACUUUGUUACUGACGUGAGUAGAAAUAAUCCUAUCUAUUGGGACAAUGGAUUCUCUCUAUUUACUAAAUGUUGGGUUGACCGUUUUUCUUCGGAAUUAAAAAUGAAGGCAUUACAACAUUCGAAUGUUAAGUUAACAUGGGACGAAGACGAUCCCGAUCGCGUGAGAACAACGCGACAAAAAUUUUCAAAAAAAGAUCUUGAUAUCAUGGAUUUCAAAGCGUACCUCGCCUCUUCCAGCGAAGAGAGUUCCGAAAGUGACAUCGAAAUCUCGCGCGAAAAACUUAGGAAUCUUUUGGAUGAAGUUCAAUUGAAAGACCAAUCGGACAGGGAGCAAGAAAUUGAGAUUACAUUUACUCCAGGUUUGAGAGAACUGACUGAAGAGACACCUGAGAAAAAUUCUAUCGAGAAUGAAACUACCAUAGAAGCAUAUAAACGCAAACAACGCGAAAGAAAACAAAAGAAAAAAGCCGCGAGAAAGUCAAAUAAUAUCGAUGACGCUGAGGAAGAAGAUACCAAUGUUGAUUUUGAUGAUCCCUUUUUUUCAACUUCAAAUAAACCGACACGAUCUAAAAAUUUGUAUAAGAUGUCUCAGCAAGAGCGCGCGGAAACGGAUCGGAAAAAGGCUGAAUUGGAACUUCUCGUGAUUGAUGAUGAAGAUAACCACAAUAAUAAACAUUUUGAUAUGAAAGAAAUAAUCAAAAGUGAGAAAAAGAAGGGAAGAAAGAAGAAACGCAGUAAAGGUGCUCAAGAAGAUGAUGAUCAGUUCGAAAUAAAUGCAGAUGAUCCCCGUUUCGCGGCCUUGUAUAACUCGCAUCAUUUUGCGAUUGAUCCUACUAACCCUCAUUUCAAAAAAACGAAAGCAAUGUCAAAACUACUGGAAGAACAACGGUCCGACGUGAAUAGGAAGAAUGAGGAAAUAUCGAGCGAACAAAUUUCUAAAAGUUCACUCAACGAUCCAAAUUUGUCAUUAUUAAUAAAUUCGUAA